GUUUGACCACGGAAGUCUAUAUUCUUUUCGGAUUUUUACUGGGAAUUUCGUGGAGAACCGGCCGGAUUUGGGCUUGAAGACACCACCAGGAUGGACCGGCGGGUGAAGCUGGUGGAUCUGAAUGAGCAGAUCUGCUGUAAGCUGUGUAAUGGCUACCUCAUUGACGCCACAACUAUCACAGAGUGCCUCCACACAUUUUGUAAAAGCUGCCUGGUGAAGUUCCUGGAGGAGAACAACACCUGUCCUGUAUGUCACCUCGUUAUCCACCAAAGUCAUCCACUCAACUAUGUCGGGUUCGAUCGGACAAUGCAAGACAUAGUAUACAAGCUGGUACCAAAUUUACAACAAAGUGAGAAGGGGAAAGAGAAGCUUUUCUAUGAAUCCUUCGGAAAGAAGGAGCCAGAAGAGAAAGAAGCAGAAGAAACCAAGGAGGAUUGCAUACUGAAGGAGGAGGAUACCGACUGCCACCGCAGCGAUGAGCAGGUCAAGAUAUGCCUAGAGUGCACUACGGAGCAACUCCAGCCGCUGCGCAAGAAAUUUCUCCGCAUCUCCGCCCAGGCCACCAUCAAUCACAUCAGGAAGUUUGUGGCCAAGAAACUCAAACUAGAAUGCUUUCAACAGGUGGAGAUUCUAUGCAAUGAAGAGUUACUAGGCAAGGAUCACACUUUAAAAUUUGUAUGCGUCACAAGAUGGAGAACAAAGCAAUAUCCUCUGAUGUUGGAGUACAGACCGAGCAUAACGCUAUGACGAUAGCCCCAGGGCCCUGCUGCCAUUGCACCGCCCGUUACGUCAACAACGUCAACCCCAACAAGACAACUUUAAACAACGCCACUUUUUUAUGUACAGAUAGAGACUAUUUUAUAUAUUUUGUGCAGUUUUUUGGACACGAGCCACUCUUCGGAAGCAGUCACUGUUUGUAUAUUGAGUACCCAGUGCAUCACCUUUUUUAAAAUAAACUACAAGGAACACGAUUGUGACCUCUGUCUGACCUCCCCUGACCUUCGUGACCUAGGGUCGCAAUAUUCUUAUAACGCCUGAUCGGAUCAACAUGUGUCGCCUCGUAAUGCCUUUUGAACGUAAGCAACUGCAAGGAAUCAAUGAAGCUUUGAGGACAAUGUAUCUUUUGGAUGUGAAGUGAUGACACAAAUGUUUACAUGCAUCAUACACAACAACAACAACAACAGGCAACGACCUUUGACCUGAUGGCAAAGGUGUUUAAUUCCUCUCACGCCAAGACAGAAAUGGACGUUAAAAGCUAUAAUCUAGCUUGCCAUGAGAAUAGAACAUUGUUGUACGCUAGUGAGUUGCUUAAGUUAAAUUGAAAGAUGAAGAUGAAUUUUGAAGCAAGGAACCCCAAUGAAUUUGAGUUUUAGUUAGACUGGCCAAGUCUCAUGAAUAUUUCCACAUUACGGCAAUGUGUGAGGAAAACCCAAGGUUCAUGAAAACAAAAUGGACAUCAUUGUGAUACUUGGAAAGUCGUUUAUGUUCAGGUGGAUUUUGUAGAACAGCACUACACCUAUCAUUUCUCCUCGAUGAACUCGAAGCAGGCUGUACUAUGCUCCAUCAAGUUCAGCUCUGUCCAGCUGAAGAUAUAACAUUCAUCUCAGCUUGUGAAGGAACUGCACGAAUACCAGCGUAAUAGACCUUAUCGCAAAUACCAAUGCGCACGCGCAGACUGUUGA